AUGCCUCACAACUUCAAGUUUCUGGCCCCGGAACCCAUAAACCUGGUGAACAACGAGUCUACUUCGGACGAUGACGAGAAUCUGGGUCCAUCAUUGCAUUUUGGAAACGUCACCGUGGGAGACUGCACGAUAGUCAAUAGCGAGAAAAACAAGUUCACGGUGUGGCAAAUAGAGUUCACGGUGUCGCCUGCGAAGCCCAGCGAGCGUGGGUGUCCGAAAAUCCACGUCUACAAGCGUUAUACGGAUUUCGUGGUGUUCAGAGAACAAUUACUGCGACGACUCCCGCCAGAUAUGGCGGCGAACGUGCCAGAACUGCCGCCCAAGGUGUCCUGGUACGACUCGUGGCGCUACGAAGACGCCAACUUCAAAAGCAGCUGGCUGGCGCGCCGGCGCGCUGGCCUCGAGCUGUUUCUCAACCAGCUUUUGCUUAACGACAGACUUCUGGGCGCGGCCCUUGGCCUAGUCAAAAGCUUUUUGGAGAACUAG